UGGCUGGCUGGCGAGGCGGGGCCUCUGGCCUAUAUAAGGCGCCUCGUGAUUCGUGCUCACACAGUCAGUUGUCGGCAAUCGUGCAGUCAGCUACUUGCAACAUGAUGAUCCGCGUGUUCCUCCUCCUGGCCGUGGCAGCCGUUGUGUUCGCGACUGGCACCGGAAGCGCCGACGGUUGCAGAUAUUUCUGCAAGAAGUGGCGACCGGGGGACGAAAAGAGGCCCUCUUACUGCUGUGACGAUGGAACGGUUAGCGACCCGCCUAACACAGCGGAUUCUGCCCCGACAUUCGCCAUCACUGCCUUCGCACUGGAAACAAACCACCAAACGCGUGUCCCCACGACGGUUUCUGCCCGCCCAACCAGAAGUGCUGUUGGGACACCUGCUUGGACCAUCAUACUUGCAAACUCGCUACGCCUAAUAAUCCAAUCCCCAUACAUAAGUAAUGGCUGAGCCCCCGAGGGUGCGCUCCGUAAUUUGUUGAGUUUAUUGUUGAGUUCCUUUUUGGUUUUAGCCGUGCUGUCUAUUGAAAACACGUGAGAGUUAUCAUCUAUGUACUAUCUAUAGGCAAUAAAUAAUUUUUUUA